UCGGCAGCAGGAACAGCAGCGGCGGCGGCAGGGGCAGCAGCAGCAGCAGCAGCAUCCUCCAGCCCCAUCUAGUGCUCCCAGGCGGCGCUCCCCCCGGCGCAGAGCGCUGCCGCGGCUGAGCUACUGAGCGGCUGGGACUCAAGCCAGCGAAGCCCGGAGAGCGGUGCGCGGAGAGCGCAUCGCGGCCGAGCGCAGCGCCGCGCAGCGGGGCCGUGUCUCCCCCCACCCAAGGCAGCAGCGGCUGCACUGACUUGGUCCUCUGGGGGUGGGGGGGAGCAGCAGGGGAGCAGCAAGGGAGCUGUCGGUCCCGGCGAUAUCCGCAGCAGCAACAACUACCACCGCCACCUCGGUCCUCCCCUCCGUUGGUUCUUCUCCUUACUGCUUCCAGCCGAGAUUGCGAACUUUGUGUCCAGACCUACUUGGCGGGUCUCCGUGGUCCUGACCCCGGCCCCGAUGCGUUUUUUGUCUGGCACUCGGGUUUCCUGGGGUUAAUGUCCAACUGGGGGUCUACCGAGACCGGAUCAGAGGAGCUGCUGCUGGACGGGAAUUUAAGAUGAAGUUAUGGGAUAUUGUGGCUGUCUGCCUGGUACUGCUCCACACUGUGUCCGCCUUCCCACUGCCCGCUGGUAAGAAGCACCCCGGAGGGCCAGAAGAAGAGUACUCCCCCAACCGACUGGCUCCUUAUGCUGUGAGAAGUGACUCAAACAUGCCAGAAUAUUAUCCUGACCAGUUGGAAGAUGUUGUGGAUUUUAUUCACAACACAAUCAAGAGAUUGAAAAGGUCACCAGAUAAACAAGCAGAAUUGUUUCCCUGGCGGGAGAGGAACAGACAAGCUGGAGCAACCAAUACAGAUAGGAGGCAGAAGGGACAAAGGAGGAGGAACAGGGGCUGUGUCUUAACUGCUAUACAUUUAAAUGUGACUGACUUGGGUUUGGGAUACGAAACCAAAGAAGAAUUGAUUUUUCGAUAUUGCAGUGGAUCUUGUGAUGCAGCUGAGACCACAUACGACAAAAUAUUAAAAAAUUUAACGAAAAAGAAAAGGCUGAUGAGUGACAAAGUUGGGCAGGCCUGUUGCCGGCCCACUGCUUUUGAUGAUGACUUGUCAUUUUUAGACGAUAACUUGGUUUACCACAUACUGAAAAAACAUUCCGCUAAAAGGUGUGGAUGUAUCUGACUCUGUUUCCGGGAGACGGCUAUGUAUUGCAUUCCUGCUACAGCAUAAAGGAAGGGACCAAGGUUCCCAGGAAAUGUUUGCCCAGAAUGGAGAAUGAGGACCAAGGAUGGAGAUAAAGGAGGAGAAACAGACAGAAGUCAGCCUUCAUGGGAGCCUGGUGGAGGAGAUCCAGCUACAGAUGACUGGAUAAGAGAGAAAGAGAGAACGGCUCUCUAGUUUCUACAGGAAAGCAACUUAAAGGCAAAUCACAAGCUCAGGGCCGGUGUUCCUGGAUGGAUGUUGCCACUGUCAUUUCAAUUGGUACAAUCCACCAUCACCUAUCAUCAGCUCGGAAUGUGCUGAAAGGACACAAUCACUUAGUCUCCUGUGGUUUGUUUUCACAUGUUUGGUUACACUAGGCAAACAAUGCUGGUGUAAACUCAUGUGGCAUUAAGAGUCAUUACUGAAAGUCAGAAAGUUUUUUUUUUCCUGUCACUCAGUUAGGGCAUACCUGCCCCUCCUCCCAUCUUUCCCCUCUCCCUUCCCCCAAAUAUAUAUUAUACAUAAAACAAACAAACACUAGAAAUAGUCUUUUGACUUCAAAAUUGAGGCCUAAGGUAUACUUGGACAAGAACAUAAUGGUUGAUUAUUGAUCUUUAACAUAAUAUGUUGGAUGGGAAGAAUAUGGACAGAAACUAAUAGGCUGUAUUCACUGACUAAAGAAAACCUGAAAAUAUUUUCUUUACAUACUCUUGGAAACAGGAAAGGAGUUGUGGUUUUAAGCAGCAUACAUUUCUAGGAAAGUGAGGGGGAAAACAAGCCCAGAUGCACCUCAGUGUUCAAGGAGACUAACAGGUCUCUUUCAGUUUACAGCUGGACAAAUGUCACAUCAUCACUACAUUUAUGCUUGGUCACCAGUGGCCAGAUAGAGUACUUGAUGCAAUGCAUCCAUUUCAAAUACAGAAAUAUAUAGAAGAAUAUUUAUUGAGAUUUAAGUUAUUAUUAUUUAUUACAGUUCACUAAUGAGUUUUUUCCCCUUAUUUAUUAAAAUUUCUUUUCUAAAGGUGCCAAAGUAUAAUGUGCUUGCAAAACACAAAGAAAGAAAAAGAAUCAGAUUGGGAACAAGGGUCCAUACUUUUAAAAAUGUUAACAGUUUUUGGAUAACCAAAAAAAAAAAAAUCACUUACUUUACCUUUUUCCAUAAAACUUCCUGGUUAAAUUCUAUAGAUCCACCGGUUUGCCAUUCAUUUGUUUAAAAACAAGCAGAGAAGCAUUGUUUCUAAGGGACCCCCAUACCCCUUUUCUCAGAUGAUUUCCACAAAUCAGUGAGCCGAGACCAGUGGCACUUGGCUUUUUUUCUCUGUUGUUUCAACACUGAACAAACAUCCCAUGAUUUUCACUCUAUGUUGUACUUAAGUUUUUUUUUUCCUUCCAUGUAUAUUUAAAUCUAUAAUAUGCAUAAAUAUGUAUAAAAGGUAUAAUGCCUUUUAGUAGUUAGUCCUGGAUUUUAAUGUUGACUAAAAGCUAAACAGUUUGCCAGAGUUUUGUUUAGAUUCACUAAGAGUCAUUCACACAAAUCUUCCCCCCCAAAAAAAAAACCUCCACAAAAUAUAUUUUAUUU